CGGUGACGGAGAACAUGGCGGGCAGCUCCACGUCGCCAGCGGGACGCAGCUCCAGCCUCUCCAUGGAUCUGCUGGAGGGACUGACAGAGAUCGCGGAGCUGCAGGAAGCCUACACCAAGCUGUGCAGCGAGGAGAAGGAGGUUGAAGCAGAACUUGAGGCUCUUGUUGGACAGCAGAGCAACCUGGAGGGUAAAAUGGUAACUCUGCACCGGAUGGGUCCAAAUUUGCAGCUGAUUGAGGGUGAUGCCAAACAACUUGCAGGGAUGAUUACAUUUACGUGCAACCUGGCUGAAAACGUAAGCGGCAAAGUUCGGCAGCUUGACCUGGCAAAGAAUCGGAUUUACCAGGCCAUUCAACGUGCAGAUGAUAUCUUGGAUAUUAAAUUCUGCACCGAUGGAGUACAGACAGCCUUACGCAAUGAGGACUAUGAGCAGGCAGCUGCACAUAUCCAUCGCUACCUGUCACUUGACAAAUCUGUAAUUGAACUGAGUCGGCAGGGGAAGGAGGCUAAUGUAAUUGAUGCAAACCUUAACCUUUUGCAAGAGGCAGAGCAGCGGCUAAGAGUAAUUGUUGCUGAGAAGUUUGAUGUGGCCAUCAUGGAAGGUGACCUGCCACAGGUGGAACGUUUCUUCAAGAUCUUUCCAUUGCUGGGAUUACACGAGGAAGGUCUGAGCAAGUUUUCCGAGUACCUUUGUAAACAGAUUGCACAAAAAGCUGAUGAAAAUCUUCAGUUGGCAUUGGGCACCGAGAUGAGUGAUCGUAGGGCAGCAGUCACCUUUGCUGAUACCCUCACGUUGCUUUUUGAAGGAAUCGCUCGAAUAGUGGAAACUCAUCAGCCUAUUGUUGAGACUUAUUAUGGACCUGGGCGGCUUUACACACUUAUUAAGUAUCUGCAGGUAGAGUGUGAUCAACAGGCUGAAAAGGUGGUGGACAAGUUCAUUCAGCAGAGGGAUUAUCACAGAAAGUUCCAACGUGUGCAAAACAGUAUGAUGAGAAGCUUAACAAUGGACAAAAUAGAACCCAGGGAGCUGGACACUAUUUUGGCAGAGGUUACAUUGAUGAAUGCUCGAGCAGAACUAUACCUGCGCUUCGUCAAAAGAAGGAUCACUGCUGAUUUUGAGGUGUGCGAUGCAGUGGCCCCAGAGGAAGUCAGGCAAGAGCAUCAGAAGGCACUGGAGAAACUCUGUAACCUAUGCUUGCUGAGUCGGAAUAUGCAGGAACUGAUUGGAUAUUAUAUCACCAUGGAGGAGUACUUCAUGAGAGAGAUGGUCAAUAAGGCUGUUGCAAUGGACAUCUGUGAGAAGGGUCAAUUAACAUCCAGCAUGGUGGAUGAUGUAUUCUUCAUUGUGAAGAAGUGCAUUGGUCGUGCUUUGGCCAGUUCAAAUAUCGACUGCCUGUGUGCGAUGAUCAACCAUUCCACCACUGUACUGGAGUCUGACUUCAGGGAGGUGCUUUAUAACAAGCUGCGUAUGGGGUUCCCAGCUACAACAUUUCAGGACAUACAGCGUGGUGUAACCAGUGCAGUGAACAUCAUGCAUUCCAGCCUGCAGCACGGCAAAUUUGACACUAAGGGCAUUGAAAGUACAGAUGAAGCCAAGCAGUCCUUUCUGGUGACUCUGAAUAAUGUGGAAAUGUGCAGUGAAAAUCUCCUGACCCUGAAAAAGAACCUAGAGAGUGACUGUACAAAGUUGUUCAGCCAAGGACUGGGAGCGGAACAGGCACAAGCAAAGAUUGACAGCGGCCUAUCGGACCUGGCUGCGGUAUCCAACAAAUUUAAGGACCUCCUGCAGGAAGGCUUGGCAGAACUCAACGCCACAGCUAUCAAGCCACAGAUUAAACCCUGGAUUACGGCGCUCCUCUCCAUCUCCCAUAACAUUGAGGAGGAGGAGUUUAAUGAUUAUGAGGCCAAUGAUCCCUGGGUCCAGCAAUUCAUUCUCAAUUUGGAGCAAUUAAUGGCGGAGUUCAAGGUUGGACUGUCCCAAGUGAUUUACGAUAACCUCACCAGUCUGAUGACCAGUCUGAUCGCAAUUGAACUGGAGAAGGUGGUCCUAAAGUCAGUGUUCAGUCGGCUUGGCGGGUUGCAGUUUGACAAGGAGCUCCGAUCGCUCGUGGCUUACCUGACAUCAGUGAUCACUUGGACCAUCCGAGACAAGUUUGCUCGCCUCUCACAGAUGGCAACCAUACUCAAUUUGGAAAGGGUCACUGAGAUUUUGGAUUACUGGGGACAAAAUUCUGGGCCAUUAACCUGGCGUCUCACGCCUGCCGAGGUUCGUCAGGUGCUUGCCUUGCGGAACGACUUCCGUAGUGAAGACAUCAAGAGGCUUCGCUUGUAGUGUCAGCACCUGGGCAGUCUUCAUGGAAUUGGUUGUUAUGUAUCCUCCUGGGGGAGUAAGGUGCAGAAUGUCCUAGCUCCAGGUUGUGGGAUGGGUUAAAUAGAAAGCUUCAUUUUCACAGUCGGAUUUACACUGAAAAUGGCUCCCACACUUUGCUAACCAAGAUGGGACAUUCAGUGUGCAUUAUUUUACAGGCUCCCUGGAUAUGAUUAGCUGCGGUGCAUCUAGGAUACAUACUCUGCUGUGGCAAUGACAGGAGUCACUCCAAAAUACCUGACUACGCACCACUGGCUUUGCUUUAUGAUGCAGCUAAUGAGAGAGUUGGGUUGCUUGCAGUAUAAUUCCCAGAAUUUCCAGAGCAGUCUGUUGCAUUGCUGACUUUACCAACCACCAGGAGACUGAUUCCACCCUGGGAUAUGCUGAGAUGACUGACCGUGGUUGGAUUAACAAAAGCACUCCAUUCAAGGUGAACACAUGAACUUCCAGCUCCUGGUUACUGUUCAUUAAAUCCCGUAGGGAAAACGUGGGCUUAAUGCCUGAAGGGACAACUGGUCUGGAAAACUCGCUGCAGGGAAUGGCCUUUUUUUUAAUGAAGUACCAAAGAUACAAGUGCAGAUGGGAAUGAGUUGACCUCCAGAGUGGGGCUUGAAUCCACAACUUUGAGAUCAGAGUGUUACUUGGUGGUGAAUAACCCAAAUAAUACCAAAAAUUACAGACAAUCUACUCUCUGCCUAGGUGUGCCCUGACAACGAGAUACAUGUAUGUGACGCUUAAACACAGAUGAAGUCAUGUACAAAUGCAUUAACUCAUGUUAUUUAACAAGAUUUAUGAUGUCAUGAACACAAUGAAGGACCUCCAGCAGGCCCACACUGUUAAGGAAAAAUGAUUUAAAUGUGAAUUAUUUCAGAGUUAAAUGGAAAUUAAUUAAAGACUCGGGUUGGAAAAUAUUCAUGGAGAGAAGAAGUGAACUAAUCUUCAGUCCGAUGGCACUGAGCUUAAAUGCUGGCUCAAGGCUCGACAUCAUGACUCUCAGCUGUGUACACUGUAAUACCCAAUCACUGCAGCAAACAGACACCAAGGCAUAUUGUUAAAUACUGUACAGAAAUUAAAACAGAAGUAAAAGGACUGCAGAUACUGGCAUUUUGCGUUGAACACUGGGUGCUGGAGUAACCCGGGGUCAGGCAGCAUGUUUGGAGGACAUGGAUAGGUGACGUUUUUGGCCGAGACCCUUCUUCAGACUGAUUGUAGUAGGGGAGAAAAGACUGAAAAGUUGCCUAUCCAUGUCCUCCAAAGAUGCUGCCUGACUCAUUGAGUUACUCCAGCACAAAGUUCUAUGGAAGAUGCAUCAUUCCAUCUCGAGCAAGCAGAAUUGGUACUUCAGUGUUCAGCUGCCCAACAAAGUGCUUUAAGCAAUGGGAAGUUCUUGUACUUGUGUGGUGAAACAAAACCAAAAUACUGCAGCUGAUGGAGAUGUUGAAAUAAAAACAAAUGCCAGAGAAACUCGAGUCAUUGGUCUGAAGCAUAAACUCGAUCUCCUCCCACUUAUGUGUAUCUAGUGUUUGGCUUUUAUCAUUCUUCUAAUGUGUUCUGUUAAUUCAUGUCAAACUCUCUGACGCUGAAAAUUAACAAUUUGUACAGUUUUAUUCUUACAGAUUUACUUUGUUUUAAAAUGUUAAUAGAAUCUAUUUAAUUGUCCAAUUUGACGUUAAAUUCAUUCACUGCACUUCUAUCUCAGUCCUUGUGAUUCUUUUGAUUAAUCUUAUUCAUUAACAAAAUAAAUGAUUUUCUCUCUUGGUUCAUA